AUGAACAGAAGCUGGAGAGACAGUGGUAGUGAUGGUGAUGGUGAUUGUGGUAGUCGCGAUAUGAGCUCUAACAGCAAGAUGGUUUCUGCCAGGCGCGAAUUCCGCAUGCCCAGCCGCGGCCCUCGGUAUAGACCAACUCUACAAGCCGUGGACCAAGACACCGUAUCUCAAUUCGACCAGACGCCAAUCCCGUCGCAUCUGAAGAUGGCACCCGCAAAUAAAUACUCAGUCAUUCUCCCUACAUACAAUGAGCGGAAGAAUCUCCCAAUCAUAUGCUGGUUGAUCGAGAAAACUUUCCGUGAGAAUAAGCUCGACUGGGAGGUCAUUAUUGUCGACGAUGGCUCCCCCGAUGGCACUCUCGAAGUCGCAAAGCAGCUCCAGGCCGCCUACGGCGCACAACACAUUAUCCUGAAACCUCGCGAAGGCAAACUUGGUCUUGGAACCGCGUACGUUCACGGCCUUAAAUUUGCUACUGGAAACUUUGUCAUCAUCAUGGAUGCAGACUUCAGCCAUCACCCCAAAUUUAUUCCUGAGAUGAUCAAAAUUCAGGAGAGCACCAAGGCAGAUAUCGUUACCGGAACGAGAUAUGCGUCGCGUGGCAACCUGCGAGGCGGCGUAUAUGGAUGGGAUCUGUUCCGAAAGCUCACUUCACGUGGCGCAAACCUGAUUGCAGACGUUGCGUUGAUGCCAGGCGUCAGUGAUUUGACUGGCAGUUUCCGCUUGUACAAGAAGCCUGUUCUUGAGAAGGUCAUCAAGGUCACUGAGAGUAAGGGCUACACUUUCCAGAUGGAGAUGAUGGUCCGCGCGAAGGCAAUGGGAUACAAGGUUGAAGAGUGUCCAAUUACCUUCGUCGACCGUGUCUACGGCGAGAGUAAGCUCGGUGGAGAGGAAAUCGUCGAGUACCUCAAGGGUGUCUUUACUCUGUGGCUAAAGGUUUAA